AUGCGUCCUCGCAUGCGACCUGCCGUGGUCAAAUCUUACACGCCUGCCUUUACGCUCAACAAACCAAUUGACAGUGCCGCCAUUGCCAGAGUUAUCCAAUCCAAUAACCCGCAUUUUCAGGAAGGCGACAUGGUGAUUGGCCAUCUUUCUGUCCAGAAAUACAACAUAUUAGGUGGAUAUGAAGUCACUGAGCUUCGUCAUCUUGAAAACCCCCUCGGAAUUGAAGACAUCCGCGUGUUUCUUGGGGCCCUUGGCAUGCCAGGCCUUACAGCUUAUUCGUCUCUGUUUGAAAUUGGGAAGCCGAAGAAAGGGGAGACAAUUUUUGUAUCUGCUGCGAGCGGAGCAGUUGGACAACUAGUUGGACAACUUGCUAAGCACGAAGGACUCAAAGUGAUCGGCAGUGUCGGGAGUGACCAAAAACUUGAUUACAUCACCCGGGAGCUCAACUUUGACAGCGGCUUCAACUACAAGAAAGAGACACCCGCAGACGCCCUAGCUCGUCUAGCUCCAGGUGGGAUCGAUAUUUACUACGAAAACGUGGGGGGCGAACAUCUCGAAGCAGCUUUGGACACAUUGAAGGAGUUUGGUCGUAGUGUGGUCUGUGGUCUGAUUUCACAGUACAACUCGGCGCCAUAUCCAAUCAAGAAUAUCGACAACAUGCUAUUCAAACGUUUAACAAUGCGUGGAUUCAUUGUCGGAGAUCCAGGCAUGGGGGACAAAUACACGAAGGAGCAUCAAGAAAAUGUGCAGAACUGGAUCAAGGAUGGUUCGUUCAAAGCACUCAUUCAUGAGACACAGGGUAUUGAAAAUGCAGCAGAGGGCCUGGUUGGUAUUUUUAACGGAGUCAACAUGGGAAAAGCGGUUUUGAAGUUCUGA